UGAGGGGUACCAACAAUUUUGUCCAUGUGUGUAAUUGUUAAACGCUAACCAAAUGCAGUGACCAACCUUCUUUUGUUUUCUCUCAGUUCUGCAGACUGCUGUGUGUAUAGUAACACUAAAAUAUUAACAAACGUGAAAUUGAAACUGGACAAAGAAAAUUUCUUAUUACUAAACAUGAAACCUAAAUCACAGCCGAUUGUCAGCAGUCACUGUCAGAGCUCACCUCUUACCCACAUGUUGUCAAAUAAAGGCCAACCUGUUAAACAGCCUAGUCACACAUACAAGGCACAACCAGGGAAUUUAUUGGUUUGUGGGAAGUUAAUCAUUAUGGCACUGAGGGGAUCAGACUAGUUCGGUUACAUUUCCCGAGGCGUCUACCUUCAUGUCUUCUGUGGUUUCUUAAUACCAUUCCCUGCUCAUUCUGCUUUUAUGUUAGCCUGCAUUUUUCUUUCAUUGUUGGCACACCUCUCUUUUCUUAGACAUGACCAAGGUAAAGUCCAAUUCGGAGAGCCGGAGCGAGGACGUCGAGGGCCCGGAUGGAGGCUGGGGCUGGGUGCUGCUGGCUGCUUUGUUUGUCAGCACGAGCCUCGUGUUCGGCCUGAUGCGGAGCCUGGGCGUCUUCUUUGUCGAGUUUGUCCAGUACUUUGAGGAAAGCAGUCAGGCUGUCUCCUGGAUCUCAUCCACCGGCUUAGCAGCACAGCAGUUCUUCAGUCCACUGGGUGCAGCGCUGUGUAACGCGUAUAAUGCCAGGCUGGUGGUGAUGACGGGGGGCUUUCUCGCUGGACUCGGUCUCAUUCUGGCCUCGCAAGCCACCUGCCUUGCUCACCUGUACCUCACGAUGGGUGUAAUUUCAGGUUUGGGCUGGGGGUUGGUCUUUACGCCCAUGGUGGCCACAGUCAUGGCUAACUUUACCCGCCGACGCACCUUGGCUUUGGGACUGGCUUUCUCCAGCAUUGGCCUGUCUUCAUUUGCCUUUAACCCACUCUUCCAGCUGCUGGUGGAGAUGUACACCUGGCGAGGAGCCCUGCUAAUUCUGGGAGGCCUCAGCUUCAACAUCGUAGCCUGCGGGGCGCUCAUACGUCCAAAGAAGCGCUCUGAAGCCCCAGCAAAGGUGGAUCCAGACAGCAGGUCGUCAUGUGUUGCCCAGCUGCAGCGAGUCUCCUCCUACCUGGAGCUGUCACUGCUCUGUGAGAGGCCUUAUGUCACCUACACCUUAGCUAUUUCUCUUUUAAACGCCGGCUACUUCGUGCCAUAUUUCCAUCUGGUGGCCCAUAGCCGCCAAGCUGGCUUCUCUGAGUACCAAGCCGCUUUCGUCAUGUCGGCCGCAGGAGCUACGGACAUUUUGGGCCGCGUAGUGUCGGGCUGGUUCGCUGACCUGCGCCACUUUCGGUUGAUUCAUCUGCUAAGCUUCUGGACAGCCCUGGCAGGUGUGUUCAUCAUGCUGCUGCCUGUGAGCUCCUUGUCUGGGUCCUACGUGGCGCUGGUGGCGAUCAGUCUCCUGUAUGGAUUCUGCUCCGGGGCUUUGACCUCUCUGGCGUUUGCGGUGGUGCCUCUGAUCGUGGGCGUGGAGCGCAUGAUGGGGGCCCUCGGGCUGCUGCAGCUCAUCGAAAGCGGUGCAGGUCUGCUGGGGACUCCUCUGUCAGGGUUGCUCAAGGACAUCACAGGCAACUACAUGGCCUCCUUCAUGGUAGUAGGCUCUUUCCCCAUUCUUGGUACCUUGACCAUGGCCACUCUGCCUCACUUUUUCUCCUGCACCGACCCUCCGCCUCCUCAGAGACGUUCCCUUGACGACAAAGAUAAGGGUUUGAAUUCAGAGCUGGAACAGAUGAACAGUUUGCCCUCUGACACAAGUAGUAGAAGUGCUGAGUGAUCUGACGGGUGAGAAAACAAGUUUCGGUAAGCCUCAAUACUGUGUCAAGGUAAGGCUUCAGGAAUAACGGCAAAUUUCUGAAGACGCCUUCAACAUGGUGCUGUUGCUCAUGUGUAUGAAUGGUGGUGCAUUAUAUACCUCAGAGACUGUGAGCCAAAGUGAACAGUGAAGCUUCCUGGUUGGCUCUGUUACAUAUCAUCACUUUGGUUUAAUGUUGAAGCCAGUAGAUACUGCCUGAAAGGAAACAAUUUCAGUAUUUAAUUACAGCUCAUAAACCUUUGAUUAAGAUCGGAUAUGUGAGGAAAAAUUCUAUUUGUUUUUCAGUUGUUACCACAACAUUCUAAUAGCACUUUUAGCUUACUUGACUAAGAAACACAAAAUCUUGAAAUCGAUCUUUGAGACUGUGAAUCUGAUUCUGCUGCUGAAAGACUGACGAGCAUAUUUAAAUUUUGCACAGACAUGAUUUAACUUGAAUUUCACAGUCUUCAUUUAAACUAUAUUCUGACAAUUAACACUGUGGAUACUGUUCAUCAGAGAGACUGGAUUCCGUCACUGUGGGGCCAUCUUUUUUUGUUUCCUGCUGUUAUCUCCAAAUACAUAAUAAAUACAAUCUUCAGGUACAUGACGAGAAUUUCAUGAUCAAAAACUAACAACUAAAUGUUGAUAUAGGGUACCUUUUAUAGGAUACAGUCUUUUUAUUAUGAAGCACAACUUAUGCAAAUCACGUGGCACACCUUAAGCUAGCCUUCCCAACACUGGUCUUAUUUUUUUAUUUGAUGACAUAGGGCAUUAGUGAAUCCCAGAGAUGACUGUUUUUUAUACUACUAUGUGAUUUUUGUGUGAAGAUAUAUUGUUAAAAAAAAAAACUCACAGUGCUGUUCACUGAGCCCAGUAAAGCUGCUGAUAUCAACUCUUAGACUCAGGAAUUUCUCUUUCCACCAGUGCACCGUAAUUCUUGGCAGGAGCACAAAACCAUGUUUUUCCAAGUGCUUUUUUUUUGAUGAUACAUUCAGCUUGUUUGCAUAAGCACUUUGUACUUUUGUAAACCAUAAGCAAACACUGGCUUUGUAGAGCAGUAGCGUCUGGCUUUGAUAACAGCUGGAUGAACACCAUGUUUUGAGCAGAAGCACGGUGAAACGCUGGUACCUGUUCAUCAGAAAUCUUUUUACUUACAGACUGUCAUGCAAUACUGUGGUCCUUUAAUCCUAAAACCGCCGCUCAAACUACCUGCAAAAUGUCACUGAUGUGUUAAAAUGUAAUGUUUUGUGCUUGAUUAAAUUCAUUGUGUUUUGUUUUA